AUGGAUAAUAUACUUAGAAAUUAUUUGAAUAGCUUGAAUGAGCUUUCGAUAAAAUGUGAUACAUUGUUGGAAAAAUACAAGUUGAGUGAGAACUUAAAUGUAGAUGGAAGACAAAAAUUAUAUGAGUUGUUUGUAAGUUUUGAAGAAAUGAAAUUAUGGAGUAAAAGUGUUUUGUACGGAGGGAACGACCGACCAUAUGAGAAAUUUAAGGCCCUAAACACGGAUUUUGAGUAUUUUAGGGAGAUGUUGAUUGCACGGUUAGAACUUACAGAUGUUGGUCAACAAAAAAGCAAAGAUCAGGUUUCCAUAAUCUCGAGAAAAGUUCUUCCUAAAGUAUGUUGUUUGACUAGGGAAGUUUUCAGAGAUCCUGUAUCCCAUAGAUAUGAAACAUCGGAAAAGAUUGAGAAUAUGUGCAAAAAUCAUAUUUAUGAGAAGGACGCUCUUCUUAAGUAUUUGGGUAAUAGCAAGAAAAAAAUUUGCCCAAUUGCAGGAUGCAACUUUUUGGUGAUCAAGAGGUUCUUAAAGAGAGAUAAAGAAGUUCUCGAUCAAAUUCAGAAUGGCUCCUCAAUUAAAACAGAGGGACAAGAAAAUAUACAAAGUUUAUUGGACUAA